AGGAGAGACGCUGAGCUGGAGCAGCUUUCACACACACAGGAUCACAUCCAGUUCCUGCAGAGUUUCCAGUCUCUCUCAGCUCCUCCUGAAUCUACAGAUGUAAAUGAUGAUCCCUUCAGUUCUCUCGUCUCUUUUGAUGUUCUGAGAGAAUCUGCCCAUCAGCUGAGAGACAAAUUGGAGGAUUUCUACAAAGAGGAGCUCAAGAAGAUCUCAGACAGAGUCAAAGUCCCCAACAUUGUUCCCAGGACCAGGAUCGACUUCUUACAAUAUUCCCAUCAGCUCACUCUGGAUCUGAACACAGUGAAUAAACACCUUCGUCUGUCUGAGAGAAACAGAAUGAUUACGUACACUGGAGUCACAGUCCAGCCAUAUCCUGAUCAUCCAGAAAGAUUUGAUGUGUAUCAGCAGGUGUUGUGUAGAGAGAGUGUGUGUGGACGCUGUUACUGGGAGCUGGAGUGGAGAGGAGGGGAAAAUGGUGUGCGAAUAUCAGUGUCAUAUAAGACCAUCAGCAGGAAGGGAUCGAGUAAGGAGUGUUGGUUUGGACGAAAUGAUAAGUCUUGGGGUUUGCUCUGCUCUGUCUCCAAAUACUCAUUCAUGCACAGUAGCAUAGAGACUGAUCUCCCUGUAAAGCCCAUCAGCAGUAGAAUAGGAGUGUUUGUGGAUCACAGUGCAGGAACUCUGUCCUUCUACAGCGUCUCUGACACAAUGAACCUUAUCCACACAGUCCAGACCACAUUCACUCAACCGCUUUAUCCUGGGUUUGCUCUCGGUUCUGGAUCAUCAGUAAAACUGUGCUGAUGAAUCAGAAUAGGUUGAUGAGAGAUUCUACUCAUAAUGCUGUGAGCUACUUGAUAAAUAUGUAAUAGUGAGAUAUUAUACUCUCUUUUUCUCUUCAUUACAUUAAUACUGAAGCUGAACUUCUGUCACUGAAAUAAUAUGUAAAACUAAAUGUGUGUAAUAAAUCCUCAUAGACAGUGAUAUCAGUGUG